AGCUGAACCCUAGGCCAGGGGUUUAUGGUUUUUCUUUUCUCUGGAAGAAUGAUUUUUUCUGUUGGUUUGGGUGCUUCUGCUUCCAAAUCCAUGGCUGCGAUGACCUCCUCCUUUUCUAUAAUGAGGUACACUGCAUCAACAACAACAAGGGCUGUUAGGGUUUUGGGGACUGCAAAACCCUCGGCCUCAAUUGUCAAUUUCAGGAGAUCCCUGUGUCGGAUUAGUGCUACAAACAAUGAAGAGGCUUCUGCCAAAGCUGCUGCAGCCAAUGCCGACAGUGGAGCUCCAACCAUAUUUGACAAGAUUAUAGCUAAGGAGAUUCCUUCAACCAUUGUGUAUGAGGAUGAAAAAGUUCUAGCAUUUCGGGACGUCAACCCACAAGCUCCAGUUCAUGUUUUAGUCAUUCCAAAGUUAAGAGAUGGAUUGACACAGCUUGGAAAGGCUGAAGUAAGACAUGAACAGAUACUGGGUCAACUUCUCUAUGCAGCCAGAUUAGUGGCAGAGAAAGAAGGUAUUCUUGAUGGGUUUCGUGUAGUCAUCAAUAGUGGUCCGGAUGCCUGUCAAUCUGUGUAUCAUCUCCACUUGCAUGUACUAGGUGGGAGACAGAUGAAAUGGCCGCCUGGUUGAAGAUUUGAAUUGGAAAUAUUAUCAACAUCGUGAAAGGAUGAAGUGAUCCAAUAAAGACAUUUGGACAUGGGAAAAUUCCUUCACAUGCCAUUGUGUUUUUCAUUUCCGAGUUAAGAGUACUGUGUCAUUGACUACUUACGCUGGAAUAACCAGGCACUAAAGGCCAUUAAAGAGUGUGCAGUUUAUUUUCAAUGCAAUUUCUUAGGCCCAGAGGGAUGAGAGACCGAAUCACUUCCUGGAUAUCUUUUAUUUUUCUUUGUAUGGAGGCUUGGAAAUAACUGGUAUAUAUGUAGAAGGAUAUGAAUUCAACUCUUCAUUCAAUGCA